UUGGGAGCUUUGGUUUAAGGGGGGACCAGGUAAAAACUAUAUAAAGCACAUAUUUCCACUAAUUUUCAAUCGCGUCCAAGUUAGAUCAUUAUAUACUACACAAUAUGGUGGAUCCUACCUACGACACCAAGACGGAAAUUGCCCCAACCCAAUCACACAUCUCGCUCCAUGACUCUUUGGAUGCAAAUUCGCUCAAGAGUGACGGUGGGAAUUUUGCCGGAAACAACGAAAACCCACUCAGUAUCCCAGCUUCCUUGCAGCAUUUAUCUGACGAGGAAAUCGAGGUUCUCGAAAAGAGAGUGAGGAGAAGAAUCGACUUGAGAAUCUUGCCGAUGCUUGUAUUGAUUUAUAUUUUGAACUAUUUGGACAGAAACAAUAUUGCUACUGCGAGAUUAGCCGGAUUGGAGGAAGACUUGAACAUGACUUCGGUUCAAUACCAAACUACGGUCUCUAUUUUAUUUGUGGGUUACAUUCUCAUGCAAAUCCCGGCAAACAUGUUCUUGACCAAGGUGGGGAGACCAAGAAUCUUCAUUCCGUGCAUUAUGAUCUCCUGGGGUGUCAUCUCCACGUGUGUUGGUGCCGUGCAGUCUUACGGUGGCUUGAUUGCCAUUAGAUUCCUUUUGGGUUGGGUGGAGGCCGGUUUCUUUGGUUGUUCCUUGUACUUCUUGUCUUGCUGGUACACCAGAAAGGAGUUGGCCUUGAGAACCUCGAUUCUCUAUUCCGGGUCCUUGAUCUCCGGGGCCUUUGCUGGCUUGAUCGGUGCUGGUAUUAUUAACGGUAUGGAUGGUGCCAGGGGCUUGUCUGCUUGGAGAUGGUUGUUCAUCAUUGAAGGGGCGAUCACAGUUUUUGUUGUUCCAUUUGCUUUCUUGAUCUUGCCAGAUAUGCCUUCGAACACUAAGUUCUUGUCGCAGCAAGAAAAGGACAUUGUUAUGUGGAAGUUGUGCAGAGAGGUCGGAACCAACGAUUGGGUCAGUGCCGAAGAACAGUCUUUCAAGACCGGGUUCAUGUUGGCGGUCAAGGAUGUUAAGGUUUGGAUGAUUACCGGCAUCUUAUCCUUCUUGGUUGCUGCCUGUGGCGUUACCAACUUCUUUCCAUCUGUCGUUGCUACGUUGAAGUUUGGCAGAAUUGAAACCUUGUGCCUUACUGCCCCACCAUACUUGAUCUGUGUCAUUGCUACCUUUGUUUGGGCUAUACACGCUGACCGUACCGGUGAGAGAUUCUGGCACGUUGUGGCCCCUCUUUGCAUGGCCUUAGCUUCCUUUAUCAUAUCGGCUGCUACGAUGAACACCGCGGCCAGAUACUUUGCUAUGUGUAUCAUGGUUCCGUCCUUAUACUGUGCCUUCACGGUGAUCCUUUCGUGGAUGUCCAACUGUGUAGCUAGACCACCGAUGAAGAGAGCUGUUUCCUUGGCGCUUAUGAACUGUCUUUCCAAUUCCACUUCGAUCUGGAACGCCUACUUGUAUCCAGCGUCUGAUGCUCCACAGUACUUGGUGGCCUUCUGCUGCAACUGUGGGUUCAUUAUCGCCGCCAUCGUGUUGUGUGUGAUUUUGAAGAUUCAUUUGCAAAGAUUGAACAAGAAGAUCGAAACCGGCAUCAUGGACUGGGAACCGGAAAUGGGUAAGGGUGUUGACAACGUUGAGAUCAACAGAACCUUUAGAUUCCUCACCUAGGAGGCACCUUUUAGAAUUGUUAUAAAUGCUGGAUCAUAAUUCAUAAAACUACUUCGGUCCUAGAAACUUCAGUUAUGCUAAACGUUUAGCCCUAGUGGGCCUUGAGGCCAGAUCAGGAAAAAAAAACCAGAAGCUACUGAAGAGGCGCGCAGCGCAUAUAACAUACAUAGACAGUAUCGUACAUCGACUCAGGUAAACGGUGUUAUGUUAUAUAGAUGUGUAUAUACUCAGUAUGCAGAACAGCGGUACACGGAGGAGAGAGACCGGACUUUAAUAUACUUUAACCACACAUGCGGC